GAAGUGUCCCGCAAUCGUUCGAAGGCACGGCGAGGUCAGCGCGGGGGGAGUUCCGACCCAUGUUUGGAAAUGUUUACUCGGGGGCGCUGCCUGUGGAAGCGUCUAGAACUUACUCCUGGGAGUAUCUAACCUCGUGUCUAAGGGAGUAUCAUCUUCGAAACAACAGACGGAUUGAACACGAAUAGAAAUAUGGCUCAAACGAAAAUACAACAAGCGAAAAUGAAUGACGCCGGCAAGGGGAGCAGAUUUAGCAGGACCAUGUCGAUGGCGGAUCGCUCCGGAAGAUUGCUGGAACAAAUGGACCAGCUGGAAAUGAGGGUAGAAGCGUUGCGAGAGACUGCAAGCGCACUGGAACAAGAGAAGGAGAGUUUGUUGGAAAUGAUUCAGACAAUGAAAACCAGCCAAGAAAUGCGUAACAUCAGCGAAGGGGAACGAGAAGAGCUCAGUGUAACGGCCGAACGUUUGCUGGGACGGACCCUGACUGUAGAGGUUUGCGUGGAAACCAUACGAACCCCUCAACAGGAGGAUGCUCUACGAAAAGCCACUUCACUGAUUAAUGAAAUAGUCGCGAAAGUGUUGGACGACCUGGACAACGGCAGAAAACGACUGAUAUCGUUGCAUGCUGCAUGUGUCACCGAAGUUCCCCCGGUGCCAAUCGAUCAAAAGUUUCAGACCAUCGUGAUAAGUUGUGCAUUGGAAGACCAGAAGAAAAUCAAGAGAAGGUUGGAAACGUUAAUCAGAAAUAUGGACAACGCUGGGAAAACCAUCAGGAUCAUGGAUCAGCAAAAAGUGGUUGAUUCAAAGAGUGCUAAUGCCAAAGAAUGAGUGUUCUAUUGAUCCUUGCCCGCGUCCACAACGUUGCGUGACGUAGCCCAACGUUUUCCAAACCAAUGUGCAGUCAGGCAAGCUCAGAUGUGCUGGGUGAAAAAAGUUAUAUACAAUUUUUUUUUUUUUUUUUUUUUUUUAACAAAUCCUAGUGUUUCCAGUUAAUUCACUAAAUAGUGCCAGCCCGCCAGUUUUAUUUGUCCAACCACAGUUUCAGAAUGAAGGCAAAAUAUUGGUCCUGAACUUAUUUUGAGGAGACAAGAUAGAUUGAGUUAAUUUUCUAUUUGUUGGCUUAUAUUGUCUUGAAUGUGGUUACAAAGGUUUAGACAUUAUAUCUAACAGAAAGUUUGUAAAGCUGUCCGUUUUCCGACCGUGAGCCCUACCCUGCUGUAAAAUCCAGCUAUGCCUGCUUGGCGAGCUUGAAAAUUGAGCUGGUCAUAAAACUGGUCUAGCUGGCUAUGAGUUGGUCAACCGGCUACUGGUGGUAGCUCGUCUGAGCUGGUAGCCGGUCAACCAUCAGCUGUUUCAAAACAUACAGUAGCUUCAGCUGGUCAAACCAUGUCAAGCUGGGCGCUGGUUUUAAGUGGUCAACCAGCUGUUUUUUCGGCAGGGUACCAUUGUUGAUUUCGUGAGGGAGUGAUACUGUGGAUAUUGGCACUGGGUGAUGAAUUAUUAGAGGCCAGCCAAGCCAAGCCUAAGUCUGCGUCUACUCCCUAAAUUUAUGUUGAAAUGUAUGUAGUGGUUAUAAUGGUCUGCCAACUUAAAACAACUAACGUUAGCUACACAUUUGUAUACUCUAAUAUAUUAUGCUAUGUUAUUUCCAGCAUCUAGUUGGCAAAGCUAUAUCCCGACUAUGAUAUGUAACGUUAAAUUGAUAAAAUUCUUCAUCGAUCUACCCUCUUAGUUUUCCUCCCAAAAUGCACCAGAUUGAUACAUUUGACUGUUAAAUUUUACUUAAUUUUAUCACAUGAAGGCAUGCUUCUCCGCUCCACCCCCCUCCCCUAUUCAAUUAAAAUCCUCUCACCACUUUCCUAAAAUCCUGUAAGAAAUUCUCAGGGGGCCAGGGACUCCAGUGGUUACUCGGUAUUAUAGUAUUAUAAGCCUUUGGUGCCAAAAGGGGAAUUUACCCACUGAAUUCCAUUCAAAACAAUGAAUUUGCCCUCGCAAAAUUAUAUUAUUUUGGACUGUACUUUUCAAGUCAAAUUUCUUCACACUGAACUAAUCACUCCAGGGAUCUGAUUUUAUUAUUUUCGCUGAGCCCCACAGAAGAAGAUCGAGGAUCCGAUCUAAUUCCGAUUUGGUCUGCAUGGUUUUACGUCACACUGCACGCACCUGCUUACUCGGGCACAACCACGCAUGAGCGAGUAUGAGGCCGUGACUGACUCAUCGAUCGACUGCACUGAAAACGGGCCCUGCACAGAUAGUCUCUCAGCCCGGGAGACCGAGGAUUACAUGAAUCCGCAUUCAGUGUCACCAGGCCUAUUGUUUUGAUUAUAUUGUUAUUUUGAUAUUAUUACUGUUAAUAUUACUAAUGAUAAUGUUACCUGCAAAAUCAUUCGUGUCCAUUGUUCAUGGUGAUGGAUCGUGACGAAUAAAUGAAUAAUAAAUUAA